AGCCAAGGCCACCAUAUAUCCUGAUUUUCUAGGAUGGAGAUUUUGAAUAUUUUCUCUCAGUAAACAAACAGGCACCCUGUUGCUUUUGAGUUUGAAAUAUUGGAGAGUCAUUAUGGUGGUCAACCAAUGGGUCCUCACCAGCUCCUGGAACUUAGAACUUAGUUCCCUGUAAAAGCCAGUAGACUCUGCCACUUUCCUCUGGGAUCUGAAACAGUUCCCAGAGAGGCUAUCUCUUUUUUUGUGGGAGCAGAUAGGUGCCUGGGUGGUAUACUUGUUUCUAAUUCAAUAUGAUUCCUAAGGUGUGCUUUUCAGAGGAAGAAGUGAUUUAAAGUUAUGUACAGGCAACAAAGCUUUCUAAGAAUAUUUUUGGCAGUCUGGUAAAGAAGAUACUGGCCCUGGAAGAGUGUGUUAGCCCUUGGGACACAGCCAGAUGUUGGUGUACAUAAAUUUGAGGAGACAAUGGCCUUCACUGUUACUAUUCAAAGUGCUACUCACAUUCUUUUAUCGUCAACAAAAAUUAUUUCACUUUCAAGGUCUAGGCCAGUCGGAGGUGGAGUUGGGGGAGGGCUGUGACAGAAGGUUCUGACUUGUACAGUGGAGGCAGGAAAUUGUCCUAGUGUCCCAUUAGGCGGGUUCCCUGCUUUCUUCAGGGCAAAGGGCAGCGAGUGGCAGUAGGAGGCUGUAGGCAAAGCUAGGGUGUGCGUCACCUAUGUUUUCCGGGCUGUCAGUCUCCCAGUGUACCCAGCUUUUCAGGUAGGGACGACCCCUCCCACGCAGAGCGGUUCCGGCGGGUGGGAAGGAGGGGCUGGGCUCCGAGCGCCCGCCCCUCCAUCUAUCACAUGGCCGGAGAGUCACAAAAACAACAGCUUUGGCCAAGACCGUGACUUCAGGAAAGGGAACCCAGGGCCCUCGCAGACAGCCCCCUCCCCAUGGAGGACAGUUUUCUUGAAUCCUUUGGGAGGCUGAGCCUCCAGCAGCAGCAGCAGCAGCCGCCUCGGCCGCCGCCCCCGCGGGGGACACCUCCGCGCCGCCACAGCUUUAGGAAACACCUCUACCUCCUGCGAGGCCUCCCGGGCUCGGGGAAAACCACACUGGCCAGACAAUUGCAACAUGACUUUCCCAGGGCACUGAUUUUCAGCACGGAUGAUUUUUUCUUCAGGGAAGAUGGUGCCUAUGAGUUCAAUCCUGACUUCCUGGAGGAAGCUCAUGAAUGGAACCAGAAAAGAGCAAGAAAAGCAAUGAGGAGAGGCAUAUCCCCCAUUAUUAUUGAUAAUACCAACCUCCACGCCUGGGAAAUGAAGCCCUAUGCAGUCAUGGCACUUGAAAAUAACUAUGAAGUUAUAUUCCGAGAACCUGACACUCGCUGGAAAUUCAACGUUCAAGAGUUAGCAAGAAGAAACAUUCAUGGAGUACCAAGAGAAAAAAUACACCGAAUGAAAGAACGGUAUGAACAUGAUGUUACCUUUUACAGUGUACUUCAUGCAGAAAAACCAAGCAGAAUGAACAGAAACCAGGACAGGAAUAAUGCAUCGCCUUCCAAUGGUUCAAGAUACUGGCAUACCUAUGCAGAGUUUCCAAACCGGAGGGCUCAUGGCAGCUUCACAAAUGAGAGCUCCUUUAGCAGAAGGGGUGGUUGUCACCAUGGAUAUUAGAGGCCUAUCUUACAGCCAUUCCAAAUUUUCCUAAAUAAGUUUUUACUUCAAUCUUUUGGUAUUUAUUCUUUGUUUUGUUUUAGCCAAAACUCCAAUUCCAGUGUAAAUAGUUGAACCCCAAAAUUCCUGAGCAGAGGUCAUUAUAUUCAUUAUCUUCAACAAGCAUUUGUUAAGUGCACCUGUACACAUGGUCUGAUGCUGGGAAUUUUUCAGAUUUGAUUAAAAUCUUGCUCUAAGGGAAAGAAUUAAUUUGAACCUGAAGUCUAAGAACAUACCCAAGAACGUGAUCAGUUAGUUGCAUAGGUUCAUAAAUAAAACAAAGUGUUUAUAUUAUAUAUAAGCUUCAGUACCACUUUGUCUGAAGUAAUCCAUUUAUUUUUUCAGGAAAUUCAUCUCAACCGGGAAAGUUGGAAGGGUUAGGGAGAAGGGAGAGGCAGAAAAGGUUUUAGUGCUAUUCCUACUUUGGUAAACUAUGUAUUUUAAAAAGUGAGAUGUGUGACUCCAAUGAUACUGAUUUUCCCUUGAAACAAACAGAAAGCACACAUAUAUGUAAGGAAAUAUUGUCUUUCAAAGUGAUCACUUUGGGAAGUAUUCCUUUAUUCUAAUGAUGAAUCACUGUUAAAAAUGUCAAAUCUUUAAUAGCUAUACAAGUUGAGGAAAAUCAGUCUUAUUUAAAGUCACACCUUGUGUUUAACUACUUUUUUCAAUAGGAUUAAACAACUUUUGGCUGUUGUCUAUUAGUGUAAAUAAAAUCUGACUUCAUAAAACAGCAAUUUUUAAGAGAUCUAAUUUCUAAAAUUAUGCUUAUAGAUGUGUGUAAUUAGUUGGCAGCCCAAAUGUUUAGCUGUGCAAAGAAAUAAAGCAGCCCAAGAUAUAGAUCAUGCAAGGAUAUGUAAAAGCCAUGCUCACUGGAGGAUGAGCAGUCUUCAUGUUUUCCGUGGUGUUAUUUAUCUGUGAAUCCAAAUUAAAUUCCAACAGGUUGGAAUCAGAUUAAUUUGGUGUGAGACCAUGACAGACAAGAUCGUGUAGGAUGUAUGCUGUUUAUUGUUGGCCAACAGCUUUUUUUUUCUGGUGUUCUGUGAAAUAUAAUUUUAAGUGUCUUAUAUAAUGGUGCUUUUAUGGUUAUUAAAAUGGCAUAUUGUAUUGCGUUUAUAUGAAAUUUGUCAUUGAGUUUUUUUGGCUCAACAAUAAAAAAAUUUACCUAAA